UGGAUUAUGGCUUAACGCUUCAUUUCGGAACCCUGGUUGCUACGAGCAACCCUAAUAAACCAUCGUCUACGUAAAUGCGCUAUUACAAGCUCUCAUAUUAUUUAUAAGACAGCAUGAAUUCAAGUUUAUCAAUAAUAAGUGUUCAAUGAACAAAUCUGACAAGUAGGAGCGCGUAGUAAUUAAUUGACGCGAAAAAAGAUCACAUUCAAAUUGCUAGACUUCUGUUGAAAUUAGUGAUAAGGCGAAGAUAUAUAUUAAUGAAAGAACAAUGGCUCAAGAGGUCGAGGAAACUAUGAAACGCAUUCAAUCUCAUAAAGGAGUUGUUGGAACAAUCGUUGUUAAUGCAGAAGGUAUCCCUAUAAAGUCGACCUUGGACAACACAACGACAGUACAAUAUGCUGGAUUGAUUAGUCAGCUCGCGGAUAAGGCUCGUUCAGUGAUUCGUGAUUUAGAUCCAACAAAUGAUUUAACUUUUUUACGUAUACGCAGUAAGAAACACGAAGUAAUGGUUGCUCCAGAUAAAGAAUUUAUACUUAUUGUAAUACAAAAUCCAGUUGAUUAAUUAAACAUUCCUUUUAUACGACGACCAA